AUGGCGCCAGUGGGGAAGUCCUUGGACCCUUCAGAUUUCUUGUACUGUGGUGUCGAUCACGCUCAACCCCAGCUUUUGCGGCUCUUCCGAUUCACCAGACACCGCGCUCACCAUCUCGCCCUACUGCACCAACUGUUGCACACACUUCAUCGCCACUGCCGGAAUCAUCUGCUCCACACCCCCCAGCCUCUUCGUCUCAACACCCCAAGUCAUCAGCCUCACCCCGCUUCAUUUCAAAGGAGCAGAAAAACGUACUCCAUCAAGUCCUUACAGACACCUUACCCUCUUCCCAACAACACUCCUCUCGCCAUCCAGAACCUGCAGCUGCACCUACUUCGCAGCCUCCCCCUGCUUCUUCCCCUCCUCCUGCUUCUACACCUGCUUCGCACCCUGCUGCGGCUGCUGUUUCCCCUCCUCCACCCACUUCGGUUCCGGGCCCAAGAUUUCGCUGCUCCACCUGCAACCGUACCAACUUCACCAGCUCGGGUGGCUUCACUCGCCACCUCUCUGCAUGCUCCCGCAACGAUUCAGCCCGUCAAGAAGCAGCCCGCCCACCUCCUCCUCGUGCCGCCGCUACCUCCCCGUCCUCUUCAGCGCCUCCGCCGAUUUCUCAGCAGACAUGGGGAGCUGUUAUAA